CGUGUCUGUGUUUGAGAGGAUCAAAAUUUCAUGUGGAGAUGGAUAAUAACAUAGGCAAUAAUUCAUCAGAGGGAGAAGGGUUUAAGUACAAUUUCACAGGCAGUAGUAUCUCUAGCGAUCAUCAUCAUCAUCAAGAAGAUGGGGUCAUCAAGGAGCAAGAUCGGCUGCUUCCGAUUGCUAAUGUUGGGCGGAUCAUGAAGCAAAUUCUUCCCCCAAAUGCAAAAAUCUCGAAAGAAGCCAAAGAAACCAUGCAGGAAUGUGUUUCUGAGUUUAUAAGCUUUGUGACUGGAGAAGCAUCUGACAAGUGUCACAAAGAGAAGCGCAAGACAGUGAAUGGAGAUGACAUUUGCUGGGCUCUUGCAACUCUUGGCUUCGAUGAUUAUGCUGAACCAUUGAAGAGGUAUUUGCAUAGGUACAGAGAAUUGGAAGGAGAGAAGGCGGCUCACCAAGGCAAGGCCAACAGUAGUGAAGAAAGAAACGAAGUGUCACCACCAAGGACAAGUACCUCUAGUCCCUUAAAGUUCAAUGUGCUUGAAAGGGGAAAUAGCUCGCUCUCCCGGCGAUUUUGAGUGAUGAUCAUAUGAAGCGAGGUAAUUAAUAUACUUUUCAAAUUAGUGGUACUCUUCUUAAACUGUAUGAGUUGAAGGUGACGAUGAUGAUGUUAUAAACAUGACUAUAGAUAAUUAAGUG